UUUUUCUCUUCAAAUCUCUCUCUCUCUGUUUCUGAGCUUCACUAAAAUGGCGUCGCCACCUCUGCUCACGGCGCUUCUCCUCCUCUUCACGGCGUCGCUAAUUGAGCCCUCCCAAUCACAAUCCGCCACGUGCACGAAGCAAUCCUUCACCAGCAACAAGCGCUACGCCUUCUGCAACGACCUCCCCUCCCUCAACUCCUUCCUCCACUGGGACUUCGAUUCCGCCCAAUCCACGCUCUCCCUGGCCUUCACCGCGGCGCCUCCGAAGCCCGACGGCUGGGUGUCCUGGGCGCUCAACCCCACCGCCACCGGCAUGGCGGGCUCGCAGGCGCUCGUCGCCUUCAAGCAGGCCGACGGCGCGAUGGCGGUGAAGACCUACAACAUCACCUCCUACGCGCCGCUGAGGGAGUCGAAGGUGUGGUUCGACGUGAAGGACUCCUCCGCGGAGGCCUCGGCUGGAGGCGCGAUCACGCUGUUCGCCACCGUGGUGCUGCCGGAGAAGGGGAGGACGGUGCUCAACCACGUCUGGCAGGUCGGGGGAUCCGUCGUCGGCGGCGUUCCGGCGAAGCACGAGUUUCAGCCGGCGAAUUUGAACGCGAAGGGGAGCCUUGAUUUGCUGAAAGGGCACAGCAGCGCUUCCAACGACGGCGAUUCCAAAUUGAAGAAGAGGAAUAUUCAUGGAGUGCUGAAUGUGGUGAGCUGGGGGAUUAUGUUCCCGACUGGGAUCGUCAUGGCGCGAUACUUGAGGGUGUUUCCGUCGGCUGAUCCAGCGUGGUUUUACCUGCACGUCUCGUGCCAGGUCUCUGCCUACGCCAUUGGAGUUGCUGGCUGGGGAACUGGCCUUAAACUCGGGAGCGAGUCCAAGUCCAUUACCUAUUCAGUCCAUCGCAACAUUGGGAUCACGCUCUUCGUAUUUGCAACCCUGCAGGUGUUUGCAUUGCUUCUGAGGCCCAAGAAGGACCAUAAAUAUCGUGUAUACUGGAACGUCUACCAUCACGGAGUAGGAUAUUCAGUUGCGGUUCUGGGCAUCAUCAACGUGUUCAAAGGCCUCGCCAUAUUGCAGCCUGACCCCAAGUGGAAGCGCGCAUACAUUAUUGUGAUUGCGAUUCUUGGAGGCAUUGCCUUGUUGUUGGAGGCCAUCACUUGGGUCGUCGUGUUGAAGAGGAAAAAGGCCGGAAAAUCUUCCAACUCGUACGACGGAUACAACAACGGACACUCUAGGCAAGAACCUUGAUCAUUUUGUGCCAUUUUGUUGCCUAUCUAUAUACUACCUAUUUAUUUCACUUUCUUCAUUGAAUUUGUGACAUUUUCACAUGUACAAUGUAGUUUUUGUAGUAGUUAGUAUGGCAUACAACCUAUAGAUACAAAAGGCUUCAUUAAUUCAAGUAUCUAAGUUGGUGUUUGUUGCAA